GGCUGAAACGCUUCCAACUCCUGCGGACGCUCCCGGACUCAUCCCAGAGCAGCUGCGUUUAGACCGUCUGCCGCCCAAGGAUGCCGAAACCGGCAACCAUCGGCUUCGGCUUCCGCUUCGCGCACCCGCAUUAACCACCCCCUGCAGAGACGCACCACCCUCCCCGAUUCUCUCCUCCCUCUCCCCUGCGGCCUGCCGCAGCCGGCAGCUGCACGCGUCCGCCGGACCCCCGAGCUGCACGGCGCCCACUCGAAUCGAUCCCCCACGCUCCCGAGUUGGAUCCUUAGCGGGAUUGGGCGGAGGCGCGGCCGGGGAUGUCGUCGUCGGUCGGGGGAGGCGGGGGCGGCGGCGGGGCGGACAUCGCCAGCCUGCUGGAGAAGGCCAAGGAGCUGGACCAGCUGAAGAAGGACCAGGACGAAGUGGUGGCCGAGAUCAAUAAGAUGCACAAGAAGGUCCUUGCAACUCCAGAGACGGUUGAUAAAGCAGUUGAUUCAUUUUUGCUUAAGCUCCGUGGUUUAUAUGCACGUGCGAAGGAGCUCUCUGAGAGUGAAAUCAGUGCCUCAACUGCUUUGAUUGGAUUAUUAGAUGGCUUGUUGCAAUCUGGAGCUUCAACUGCACAGAGGAAAAAGAUGGAAGUUGGUGAUCAGAAAAAGAAGAGGAUCAAGUCUGAUACAGAUACUGCACGAUUUUCUGCUGUGAGGAACCAACUUGACCAGGCUGCAAACCUGAAAGGAGAGCAGGUUGCAGCUAGGGUGAAGUCAGAUGAUGAAAAAGAUGAGUGGUUUGUGGUGAAGGUCAUACAUUUCGAUAAGGAAACAAAAGAGUAUGAAGUACUUGACGAGGAGCCAGGUGACGACGAAGAGAGCACCCAAAAGUACGAGAGGAAGUACAAGUUACCUAUGUCUUGCAUUAUUCCAUUUCCAAAGAAGGGGGAUCCUUCCAGUGCUCCAGAUUUUGGGCAUGGUCGACAAGUCUUAGCGGUUUAUCCUGGCACAACAGCAUUAUACAGAGCUACUGUAGCUUCCCAUCGUAAGAGGAAGUCUGAUGAUUAUAUUCUGGAGUUUGAUGAUGAUGAGGAGGACGGGUCUCUGCCGCAAAGAGCGGUGCCAUUCUAUAGGGUGGUUGCCCUCCCGGAGGGCCACCGGCAGUGAAAGAUCUCGGGAUCUCCGAUGCGUCGUCCUGCAGUGUAGUGUAACAGACAGCGCAAGAAAAUAGGUGCAUCUGAGUGUGACAAUACAGUAAUCUUAUCUCAGUUGCAGCUGGCUGCGUGAGUCGGUGCAGACUAUAGCGCCUGUAAUUUAUGGGGAGUGAAAACUACCUAUUUGCGCUUGCCAUGUGUCCCGUUGUUAAAAUCCCAAACUCACCUGUCCUGUAAAUAGAAAUGGAUCCAGUGUUUCUUUCUAAUAAGCAUGUGUCUGCCUCCAAACUCUUAUACCAAAUUGA